AUGAGAAAAAAUUCUACCUCAAAAAAUGCAAGAUUAUUAUCACAAUCAGAAGAAAUUCCCUGCAUAUCAAAUCAAAUAAAUGCAACAGAAAACAAUGCUAAUUUAUCUAAUGAUACAAUUCCUUUCAAGACAGAAAUUCAAACAUUUAUGAAUGAUACUUAUAAUGAAUUUGAAUUUUAUCUUCAAGAUGAUAAAAUUACUAAUUUCACAGAAAAAUGUCAAAAGGUAUCUACAUACAUAGAUUGGAGAGGCAUGGAUUAUGUUAAUUUGCUAUUAAGUAAAAAAGAAAAUUAUAAUAUCUCAUGCCUCGUUGAAGAUUGGAAUGAAAAACAAAAUUCUUUUGAAACACGUGUACCUACAGAAGCAAAUUCAACAUGUAAUAUUGGAAAGUUUCAUUAUUGUCCUCUUUUGAAUAAAAAUAAUAACUGCACUAGCCCUUAUGAAAAUAAAGAUCUACCAAUAAGCACAACAUUAACAUACAAUCAACUCAAUGAUGAUAUAUAUUAUAUUAAUAAAUCUCAAAUUAUUGAUCAAAGACGGUCUAUGUUUUACAAUCUUACUUAUGAUAUAUCUAAUUACUAUUUCGAUGCAUAUAAUGAAGAUAAAUCUGAACUUAAUUGUGCAAAGUGGAGUAUGUAUAUAUAUAAGAGAGGGAAGCUAUUUGUUAAUAUGAUGAACAAUGAAAUUCAUUCCGAGGAGAUUUAUAGAAGGGAUUCUAUUAAUGUAUGGAAUACUUUUAGUCAAAGUUUGCAACAAUUUACAUUAGAAGAGACACAAAAUCGAUGUGAUAUGACAGCAUUAAUUUAUAAAAUUAAAGAGAAAGAAAAAUUAACUAAAUCAUAUGAUUUAGAAUGGGUUCUUUCAGAUAACAAUAUUAAUGGAUCUAAUCCAACUCCAGGUGAUACAAUUUCAUUAUCAGAUAACUCGCAGUCUUCAAGUGGAAUUCCCAGUAAAUCACAUAAUUUAACACCAAGCCCAUUACAUAAUAAUGAUUAUACAUUUACUGGGGUAAAAAAUAAUAGUAUGUCUACAAAUACACAAGUAAUUGAUACUAUACAACCAUUAAAAGCAGAAAACCAAACUACACAAGAAACCAUAACCACAACUUCUCCAGAAGUUACAGCACAACCUAAUCUUUUAUCCAAAGUUACUACACCUCAAUAUAACUCAUAUACAAGUAAAACUUCACCUUCAGAUUCUCCCUUAAGUAGUAUUGAGUCUUCCGCAAGUAAUAAUACACAUUUUUCAGCAAAGAAAACUACACCUUCAGUUAGUAUUCAGACUUCCACGGAGAGUAAAACUAUUAUCGCAACUGAGCAUGGACUUUCACAUGAUAAGAAUAUCACUGAACCUAAUGAAAAUGGUACUAUAUCACUUUCUGUAAAUAAAUCAUUAUCUAAUGCAGAUAGCUAUACCAGUUCUCCUACAAUUAUUCCUUCAUCAUCUACGAAUGACUCUAUAUCUCAAUUAACAGAUAACACUAUUCAUUCUCCAACUAGUCCUAAUGCUUCCAAAAUUAGUAGUACAUUUCCUACAUCCUUAUCUCCCUUGGAAGCUGUACCUUCUUCUAAUGGCACUACAUCUUUUCCAUAUAGUUCUACACCUCCUACGACUCUACCUACUCCUGAAACUAAAACUGAAUUUUUCGCAAAUAAAUCUAUAUCUUCAAAUGAUACAAUGGUACAUUCUACUACCCCAUCUAAAUCCUUAUUAUUUCCAGUUGCAAAUCCAUCUCCUAGCACAAUAACUGAUUUUCCUAUAACACAUAGUAGUAUAGCAUCAUUGGAAACAAAUAAUCCCAUAACACAAAAUCUACAAAAUACACCAGCCUUUUUCAAACAAGAUAGCCAAAUUAUACCUCUAAAUAUAACUCAAAAUAAUACAAUAGGAAAUAAUGUAAUUUCCAUUCCUUCAGGUACCGCUUUUUUAAAUAAAUCUACCUUGCAACCCCCAUUGGAAAAUAAUACUGAAGUUACACCUACAGUUAAAACUACAGGAAAUGUGUUAAUAACAAUCGCUCCAAUAGGUAUAAUCCUUUUAGGAAUUAUUCUCCUAUUAAUUCUUGUCUACAGAUGCACUCCUAUUGGAUCUUGGUUACGCAAUCGUAGAUCAAAAAAAAAAAAAGUAAAAAAAAAGAUUAAGAAAAUUUCAAAGGAACCAAUAUUAAUGUCUUCAAGUGAUUUAAAGAAUGAACCAAUAAAUAGUGGAAAAUAUUCGUUGUUGCACCAAGAAAAUCAUUUACCACUAUGUGAGAUUAGUUUUGAAAGUGAACAAAAUUUGAAAUAUAGACAGACUAAAAAAUUCAAGAAAAGUGAAAAUAAACAUAUUGGUGAAGUUGUGGAAUUGUCAAUGUUAAAAAAUGAACUUCCAAUAAAAGAAGAUAAAUUAAAUGAAGGUGAUCCUAAAAAUGAAAUUGAAGAAGAUGAAUUGGAUAUGAAUAAAUCUACAAAUAAAAUUAAAAAAAAAAAAUUAAUUAAAAAUGGAUUAGAAAAAAAUGCCGUUCAUGUUGUAGGAUAUUCCAGAAAUAAUACAUUAAAUGAUGAAGAAAUAAAUGAAAUAAAUGUAAAAACUGAAAAAUUUCUGUAUGAAAAUGAAUUGAAAAAUUCAGGAAAUAAUGUGUCAAUCAAUAGUGAAGUGUGCAACUUGAAUACAAGGAAAAAUACAUAUAUUAUAACAUUACUAGAGCAUAAAAAAGAAGAAUGGGAAUGGAUUAAAAAUGAAUUUUUAAGAAUUUGCAUAGAAGUGUUUGAGAAAGACGAAAAAACUACUUAUCUAAAAGAAGCGGGCAAUAAUUUAAUAAAGGAAAGAGAAGAAGAAAAUAGUAUAAUUGUGACAGAAAAAAAUAGAAGUAUUCUAGAUAAAUGGAAAAAAGAAGAAUGGUUCAUUAAUUUGAAAAAAGAAUGGAAGAAAGAAGAAGAAAAACAUUUAGCAUAUUUAGAAGAAUAUGAGAUUGAAAAUUUAACAGUGGAAGAAAAAAGUAAUAUAAUGUUAGAAAAAAAGAAAAAAGCAUGGAGAAAGUGGUUAGAAAAACAAAGAGAAUAUUCAAAUGAAUAUAAAAAGCAGGAUUGGUUUAGGAAGUUAUUGGAAGAAUAUGAAAUGGUUGGAAUUUAUAAAAAUAUAAUGGAAGAAAAAAUUGAAAAAAUAAGUGUAAAAAAACAAGAGAAUGAAAUAAAUAAUGAAAUAGUUAAAUAUGAAAUGAAGAAAAGUUUGAUACAAAAAAUGUUAAUAGAUAUAUAUAUGAUGGUAUUAGAGGAAUGUAAAAAGGAAGAAUUGGAAAGAGAAAAAGAUGAAUUAUUUAAAACAAACACAGAAGGAUUAGGAAUACAAAGAAAUUUAGAUGAAGAAGUAAAUAUAGUAAAAAAAAUAGAAGAAGAAAGAAGAUGGAAUUGUUUAUUAGAAAAAAAAAAAGAGGAUAUAGAAAAAUGGAAAAGAGAAAGAUGGUUUGUAGAGCUAAUGCUAGAAUGGAGUGAUAAUGAACAGAAAUAUUUAGAAGAAUUAAAUAAAAAAAUGCUGGAAAAAAAAAAUCAGGAAAGAAUAACAAAUAUUGCUUUAGAAAGGCAGAAAAUUGUAUUGAAAAAACAUUGGGAUGAUAUUCGUAAAAAGUGGAUAGAAAAUGAUAACAAAGAAGAAUGGUUUACAAAAUUGGUUGAUGAAGUUGAAAGUAAAGAGAAUGAAUAUAGAAGUGAAAUUACUAAAAAGAAUAUAGAAAUGAAAAAGGAAAAUGAAAAAAAUAGAGAAAAAGGUGAAUCAAUAAGAGAGAUUAAUAGAAAAGUAAAAGAAGUGAAAAAAUAUGAAAAGACUCAUCUAGAAGAUACAGAUGAAAGGAUUAAUUCCAUAAUGAUGAAAAAAAAAUUAAUGUGGAAGACUAUAGUAGAAAUACACAUGAUUGUAUUAGAAGAAUGUAAAAAAGAGGAGUGGAUGUUGAAUAGAGGAAAAUUUUUAGAAGCCUGUUUAGAAGAAUUUAAAAAUGAAGAUAAAGGAAAAUAUACAAAAAAAAUAGAAAAUGAUUUAAUAUUAAUUGGAGAAGAAGAAGAAAACAUUAGUACAAUAAUGUUAGAGAAACAAAAACUCCUUUGGAAAAAAUGGGUAGAAAGAAAUAAAAGUAUGUUAGAGAAAUGGAAAAGAGAAGAAUGGUUUAUUAAUUUAAAAAAAGAAUGGGAAAAUGAACAAAAANUAAUGGGAGAAGAAGAAGAAAACAUUAGUACAAUAAUGUUAGAGAAACAAAAACUCCUUUGGAAAAAAUGGGUAGAAAGAAAUAAAAGUAUGUUAGAGAAAUGGAAAAGAGAAGAAUGGUUUAUUAAUUUGAAAGAAAAAUGGGAAAAAGAACAAGAAGAAUAUGAGGAAUUAACAAAAGAAUCAGAAACCAUAGAAAUAGAAGCAGGAAAAAAUCCUAUGCUAGAGAAACAAAAAAGAAUAUGGAAACAAUGGCUAAAAAAACAAAGAAUGUGGUUUAUAGAACAUAGCGAGGACAAAUGGUUUAAUGAUUUACUAGCUGAAUAUGAAAAAGAAGAAUGUAAGGAAAGAAUAACUAAAAUAAAUACGAGAAAAGUGAAGGAAAUUCGUGAAAACAUGGAGGAGUUAGAACAAGACGGAAACAAUGAAAUGAAGAAAUCUAGAAAAAAGAAAAAGUUAAUACAAAAUGUGUUGAUAGAAAUACAUAUGAUGGUAUUAGAUGAAUGUAAAAAAGUGGAAUGGGAAAGAGAAAAGGAUGAAUUUUUUAAAACAAUUAUGAAUGAGGUAAGAAUACAAGAAAAUUUUGAUGAAGAAGCAAAUAUAUUAGAAAAAAUAGAGGAAGAAGAAAGUUGA